CCCCGGGGAUAAGGGCCGCCACGCGCGGCCCCGCCGCCUCUUUUCCAAGAUGGCGGACACGCAGACCGAGAGGGCCUACCAGAAGCAGCCCACCAUCUUCCAGAACAAGAAGCGGGUGCUGCUGGGGGAGGGGGGGAAGGAGAAGCUUCCCCGCUACUACAAAAACAUCGGCCUGGGCUUCAAGACCCCCAAGGAGGCCAUCGAGGGCACCUACAUUGACAAGAAAUGUCCCUUCACCGGUAACGUCUCCAUCCGGGGCCGGAUCCUGUCAGGGGUGGUCACCAAGAUGAAGAUGCAGCGCACCAUCGUCAUCCGGCGGGACUACCUGCACUACAUCCGCAAGUACAACCGCUUCGAGAAGCGCCACAAGAACAUGUCGGUGCAUCUCUCCCCCUGCUUCAGGUGCGGGGGGGGUGUCGGGGCGCCGCAGGGUGGGCAGGGUGCCGGGGGGCUCGGCCCAGUCCAGCUUGCCCCGGGCGAUCAGGUACUUCUUGGCCUUGAAGAGGAGGGUGGGGAAGUCCUGCUGCCCCGCCGCGAAGCUCUCGAUCUUGUUCUUCACCGAGCCCAGCACCUGCCGGGCCACCAACCGCCGUCAGGGGCCACCGGGGAUGGGAUGGGGGUCCCCAUGGCCAUCAGGGGCCACCAGGGCUUGGCUGGAGGUCCCUACGGCCAUCAGGAGCCACCAGAGCUCAUCUAG